AUUUUCUUGCGUUUGUCCAACCGCUCAGUCUUAACUUCAACCAAAUAUCCAAAUGUGACAACAGAAACCCGGACCCGUUAAGAUCUCGCUAGAGCCCAAUCCAAAUCCGACGUCCUCCUCUCUUCCAUCCCAGUUUCCUCUUUACCUCCUUGACUUCUUCCUCCUUGCCGCUUCGCCGUCCGGGAGAUUUCUUGGGGCGCUUAAACUUAACGCUGACUCUAAUCGUAGCCCCACCGGUCCGUUCGAAAGAGAGAGCACCGUUCCGGAAACAGAGCCCUCCCAUCCCCCAAACCCUAACCCUCCUCGGAGGGAUCGAUCCGCCCCCGAUCACCGCCGCCACGAUGGAGGUGAAGCUUUGGAACGACAAGCGGGAGCGCGAGAUGCUCGAUAGCUUCGCCGAUCUCUACGCCAUCAUCAAGACGACGGAGAAGCUGGAGAAGGCGUAUGUGCGUGACCUCGUCUCCUCCGCCGAGUACGAGGCGGAGUGCCUCAAGCUCAUCGCCCAGUUCAAGACCCUCUCCUUCUCCCUUCGUGACGCCGUCCCCUCCAUCGACCGCUUUGCCGACGCCUACAAGAUGGACUGCCCCGCCGCCCUCAACCGCCUCCUCGUCUCCGGCGUCCCCGCCACCGUCGAGCACCGCGCCUCCUCCGCCUCCACCGCCGCCUCCUCGGCAGCCGCCGUCGCCGAGUGCGUCCAGCACUUCAUCACCGCCAUGGACUCCCUCAAGCUCAACAUGGUCGCCGUUGACCAGGUCCACCCCCUCCUAUCGGACCUCUCCUCCUCCCUCGCGAAGCUCGGCGGCGGGAUCCUGCCGCCGGACUUCGAGGGGAGGGUCAAGGUCAGGGAGUGGCUCGCCAGGCUUGCGAAGAUGGGGGCUGCUGACGAGCUCACGGAGCAGCAGGCGAGGCAGCUUCACUUUGAUCUUGAAUCCUCCUACAACGCAUUCAUGGCGGCCCUGCCCAAUGCCGGAUCCUGAUCAUGACCUUGAUCAACACCCGCUCCGGAAGAAAUGAGGGAGGUGAGCCACUGUACGGUUUGCUGAAUUGAUAUUUUUGCGAAAAAUAAACAUGGUUUUCAGAUCAUGGGACCAGAUCUCACCGGAACCAUAAAUAUUGUACGAAGCUUCUUUUAUCAUUUGCUGGUACGCUGCUUCUUUUCAUGAACUUCCCCUGUGAGGCUUGUGUUGCCUAAGCUUUGCUCUUGGAUCUGCUGCAACCCAAUGUAUGAAGAAGACUUUUUUUUUUUUUUUUCUUUUGCGUAUGUGUGUGUUGACGUCGAAGGAAUGGAGAUUUUGACCCACAUCCAUCCCUGCCCACUUAAGCCGAAAGCCCAGGUCGUUGGAUAAAACGAGCGAAGCUCUCAGAAUCUUAGGAUCUUUUAGUUGCAGGUCGAGGAGGAGCAAUGCCCUGAACCCUGCCAAGUGGUGAUGUUGAAAUUAUUAAUAGAGGAGAAGUAAAUGCCUGCAUAAUAAUGAUAGGAUAUGAUCAAAGAGUUGCAGGGUAAAAACCAAGCCCGGUGGCUUGAAGCACUUUUCUUGUGUGAGGCAUCGUUUCCUGGCGACCACAUGAGCGAGAUCUGAAAGCAGUGAGCUGCGGCUUCUCCGUCUCCUCUGGGGGAAAGAGAGCGCAUGGUUUUCUAACUUUCGAUGACGAGGGGCAAGAGACUCUCCGCGGGCUUGCCUUUCAGUUGUUUUUGGAGAGGUAGAAAGUACUCUACAGCCUUCCAAAAGCAUUUUUGAAUGGUAUAAUAAUGUUUGAUAAAGAAACUAAAAGCAGAUUGAAUUUUGCCAAAAAGGUGAAAGCAGCUACUUAAAAAGCUCUUUUUCGGAUCUUCUUUCCGAAAAUUCUUUCCAACAGAUGACCAGAAAGUUAAAAAAUAUUUACUACCAACAGCAAUUCCAAAUAGACCUUCAACCCCAAGACGUAGUAUUCUGAAACGAUAGCUGUUACACUUGGCUCCAAGGGCCAAAUUGAGGAGAAUUAUUGAUCGUUAUAAUGUCAGCCUAAGAAAAUGAUUUUAAUGACCCAGAAGCCUCACUCAAAAAUUCCCCAUAAUCUUUCUGCAACAGGAAUAAUAGGUGCCAGAGUACUUAUUUGUAGUAAAGCUACCAUCUAUCCUAAAC